AUACUCUGCUCAUAUUAUCUUUCCAUUCUUGCCUUUGAACCUCUACGGACAAACCUCGACUGGAAAUGCGAUGAACGAGCAUGAGCAAUAUGUUGUUAAGGCUGUGGACAAACGAUUGGCCAGCACGUCCUCGCGCAAGGACUUAAUGACACAAAUUCUAAGGUACAAGGACGAAACGGGCAUACCAAUAGAAGAGACAUACGAAAACUGCUCGCUGCUGGUGGGCGCUGGGAGUGAGACCACGGCCACAACUCUAUGUGGUACAACCUGUCACCUUUUAAAACAUUCAUGAUGCUACGAGAAGGCAGUGGAUGAAAUCCGGGCCAUUUUUGCGAAGGAAUCUGACAUAAAUAUGGUCGCCGUGAACAGCAAAUUACCAUACACAAAUGCUGUGCUCA